AUGUUCAAGUCAAAUGAUAUUCUUCGAAAACAGACAGCUCUAAAGGGGGAGAGAAGAAUAUCUGUUCUUGUUUUCUAUUCUGCAGUCUUCAUGCUUCAUGUGAUUGGAGUCUACUGGUGGUUUCGGAAUGAUGAUCUUCUGUAUCCAUUAGUUAUGAUUCCACCCAAAGCAAUACCGCCGUUCUGGCAUGCAAUGUUCUUCAUUUUGGUAAACGAUAUAUUGGUGCGACAGGUGGCAAUGGCUUUUAAAUUGGCGCUGCUAAUGUAUUAUAAGAAUGGCAGAGGCCAUAAUUUCCGCAGGCAGGGUCAAAUGCUGACUCUGGUUGAGUACUCACUGCUUUUAUACCGAGCAUUGUUACCUACACCUGUGUGGUACCGUUUCUUCUUGAACAAAGAUUAUGGAAGCCUUUUUUCGUCACUGACUACGGGGUUGUACUUAACUUUCAAGCUUACAUCAGUUGUUGAAAAGGUCCGAUCUUUCUUUGCUGCCGUGAAGGCAUUAUCACGGAAGGAAAUCCAUUAUGGGUCUCAUGCCACAGCAGAACAGGUGAAUGCAGCAGGGGACCUGUGUGCUAUUUGCCAAGAGAAGAUGCAUGCCCCAAUUCUAUUGCGUUGUAAACACAUCUUCUGCGAAGACUGUGUUUCAGAAUGGUUUGAGAGAGAAAGAACUUGCCCUCUGUGCAGGGCCUUGGUUAGACCUGCUGAUUUACGAUCAUUUGGAGAUGGAUCGACAAGUCUCUUCUUCCAGGUGUUCUAAUUCCAAGUCUAACAUUUCUCUGUUUCGAAGCCUAUAUCUCUCCCUCAUACUAGUGCUUUUUCCAAGUUCUCAUUUUUCUUUUCCUGUGGCAAGUUCCAACGCUGCCUCGUUCUUGGUUGCCUUGGAAAGUUUCCUGGAAGAAUGUUACCACCAGAAAGGGUGAAAAAUUGUAACUAUGCUUGUUUUUUGGUAUUAAUGAUGAGAUUUAAUGUACCCUUGGUCCUACGAGCUGAGAUAUACACUCAUAUAGAGACAGAUGAGAGGAUCCUUUUAUCGUAUCUCCGUACAUAUGUUGAUUACUUGAUGAAUGAAAAAUUGUCCUUUCUUGUAUCCGUUUGCCUGAGGAAUUUUGUUCCAAAAAUCACAAGGCCUUUUGCUGAAUACUGUAUAUGAUAACGAAUUAAGUGACUUUUGAUGGGA